AUGUCAACUAUUACAGAGGUUAUUAUUUCAAGAGAAUUAACAAUAUCUCAGCAAAUAUACCUCAUUACAGCUAAGUCUGAUGGGGCCUCACGGGGGAACCCUGGCAGGAGUGCCUAUGGAUUUUGCUUGAGAAAUAAUGAAGGGGACUUGAGAUAUGCUUAUGCUACAGAGAUUGGAAUAACUACUAAUAUAGAUGCUGAGGUUAUGGCAAUUCUACAGGCCAUCAGAUAUUGCAAAAAUGAGAAUCUGGACAAUAUUAUAGUCCAAACGGAUUGUGAAAUUGUGUACAAGAUUCUACAGGAAGGGUGGAAACCUCCUUGGGGGAUAGCAAGUUGGAUAGAGGAGAUUUUGGAGCUAAAAGUUAAUAGGACUAUUCUAUUUAGUCAUAUCUUGAGAGAAGGAAACAAGCUGGCAGAUGCUAUAGCUAAUCAGGCACUAGAUGAAGCUAAUGUUGAAUGUCAUGGCUUCCAGGACCUAAGUUCAACAUGUAGAAAGAUCCUCAACAGUGACAAAUCUCAGAUUCCAUAUCUGAGAGUGCGAAUACAGAGAUAG